AGAAGAGUCUGCUACAGAAAGAGUUUCUAGAGUUAGACGUUUCCAUUACAAAGUACGACAACUUCAACGGGAAAAAUAAAAGACAGUAUUCUAGUAACCUUUAGUCACUUUGAAGCCAUUCUUGUUCUAUUUAUUAGAGACUAGUGAAAGAUCAAGGAUGAACCAUUUCCCAAUUAAAGAGGAGGAUAAGAGAGAUGCUGGUGCCACAGUGCCGCACUACUUUACGCGUGCCGAAUUGGCUUCUAUUCAUCAGGAUGUUUUGGAUAAAAAGCCUGGUGCUAGAAAACUCAUUGUUGUAGAAAAUAAAGUAUAUGAUAUCACAGACUUUGCGGCGGAUCACCCUGGUGGUGAAAGAGUCAUCUUAACGCAGGAAGGAAGGGAUGCUACAGACGUGUUCCGUGAAAUGCAUCCACCAUCCGCUUAUGAGUGCUUAGCCAAUUGCUAUGUAGGUGAUUGUGAACCUAAAAUAAUUGAUAGCAGCAUACACACAGAAGAAAAUGAGAAGAAACGUAAAUCAGCCGCGUUUGCUGAAGAGAUCCGCACACUACGUAAUCGACUUGAAAAAGAGGGAUAUUUUGAUGCCGAUGUGCUCUAUUACUGGUAUAAGGUCCUGUCUACUUUGGUUGUAUGUGUUGUAGGAUUAACCAUUCUGAAAUGGUGGGGCCGUUCAUCUAAUUGGGCCGUGCUUGCAUCUGCUGUGAUUGUGGGUCUCUUUUGGCAACAAUGUGGUUGGUUGGCUCACGAUUAUGCCCAUUAUCAAGUGAUCAAAGACCCUAUCGUCAAUGACUUAUUCUUGGUGACCUUUGGUAAUUUAGUACAAGGUUUUUCUCUCUCCUGGUGGAAGAACAAGCACAAUACGCAUCAUGCAGCCACCAAUGUCUCUGGCGAAGAUCCUGAUAUUGACACAGCGCCCAUCCUGCUAUGGGACGAAUUUGCUGCUGCCAACUACUACGGUUCCCUUAAGGACAAUGCCAGUCGAUUUGAUCGCUUUAUUGCCGAACAUAUCUUACCUCAUCAAACACGUUACUAUUUCUUCAUCUUGGCCUUUGCUCGUCUUUCCUGGGCCAUUCAGUCGGUCAUAUACUCUUACCGACAUGAAAGUAUAAGUUCCAAGCCUCGAUUUAUCACUUUGAGUGAGCGUAUCUUUUUGUUGAUUCAUUGGGCGUUUUUCACAUACUGCACAGUGGCAUGGACCGGCUACCGUUGGCAAAGUAUCAUUCUGUUCUUUGUCGUGAGUCAAAUCACAACUGGAUAUUUGCUGGCUUUGGUUUUUGCAAUGAACCAUAAUGGCAUGCCUGUGCUUAGCCCAGAACAAGCAACACGUACUGAAUUUUAUGAGCUUCAAGUAAUCACAGGCCGUGACGUAAACUGCUCGUUCCUUGGCGAUUGGAUUAUGGGUGGAUUGAAUUAUCAAAUUGAGCAUCAUGUAUUUCCUGAAAUGCCUCGUCAUAAUUUAUCGAAAAUCAAGCCCAUGGUGAAACAGCUUGCUAAAAAAUAUGAUAUUCCUUACCAUGAUACCAGUUUUAUUGGAGGCACAUUUGAAGUUUUGCAAACAUUGGACUUUGUGCAAAAACUUAAUUAUAAAUGGGUAAAGAAAAUUUUCUAGUUGUUCUAGCCUCUUCAAAAUUGCUCGAAUAAACCAUAGUAGUUACAGCUAAUGUACAUGAUAAUGUAAAAGUGAAUCCUGCCGAUGAUAUUAUAUCCAUUAGGUGCAGGAUAUUUCCAAUGCGACAGUUUUGUUGAGAUGAUGUUCAGUUGCCGUUGUGAAGAAAUCAAGGCACAAACUUGUAUCAGUUUUCUGUAAAUGUGCAAGUGGGGGCAAUGGUUUUUUAAUCAUCAGAAACCAACAAAAAUUUUUCCAUAAGUUUGAAGUGGAGUUUAAAUGAUCAUAGUCCUCCUGUAAAGUAUCAAGUUGGGAGAGAGAUAUAGCUAAAGCCGUUGAUAGUAUACAUUCCAAUAUAAAUGGAAGUAAAAGCACAUGUGCUCUCAAGUCAUACUAUAUUCAAUUAAAGGGAGAUCGACAGCGAGACUCUAGACUACACAA